GUGGUCAGUUUCUGUAACUAAGUAAUAUCAAUCACUAGACAUCACUUGCUUUCACUUAUCAUAACUGCAAUAAAACCAUUCUGGGGAAGUUCUGUGGCACGGGAAGUGAUGAAGGUUCGAUUUGUAGGCACUAAAAACAGGACAGCGCUAUGGUACGUCGGCGCCUUCUACAAGCGAAUCGUACACGAAACUACCAAAACCGCAGGAGGAUCGACAUUUCCCCCAGUGAUGGCAUUAUAUACGAGGCCGAAUUCAGUUCAAAAUAUGGUUGAUCAAAGUGUAAUGAGAAUUAUCCAUCUACUGGAUAUGAAAGCAGUUGAAAGAGAGGGUGAAGGUGGUGCCCGCUGGACAGGGUUUGACUGAACAGGCAGAUGUGAUCGAAAGAGACAGUCAUUGAGUCAAUAACUACUAGUUUUUCUAAUUACAGAAUUUGAC